AUAAAGAAGGAAAAUUCCUCGAGAAUCUGCCAAGCGCGAAUCUCCAUUGCAAUUGAACGUCCAGCUCGACCGUUCGAGCAGCGAUAUUGGAAUCUACAGCAAUUGAAAGACUAAACUUUUAAAUAUGUCCGCAAAGACUGCACAGGGCCCCGGCGGCAAGAAGCCUGCCUCGGCCGCCACCAACUUGAUCGCUGGAGGAGGUGCUGGUAUGAUGGAGGCCCUCGUCUGCCACCCCCUGGACACAAUCAAGGUCCGAAUGCAGCUUUCCCGACGAGCCAGAGCGCCUGGUGUGAAACCCCGUGGUUUCGUCGCCACUGGUGUUGAGAUCGUCAAGAAGGAGACUGCCCUGGGUCUGUACAAGGGUCUUGGAGCUGUGUUGGGUGGUAUCAUUCCUAAGAUGGCUAUUCGAUUCACCUCGUAUGAGUGGUACAAGCAGCUCCUAGCGGACAAGGAGACUGGUGUCGUCACUAGCAAGGCUACCUUCCUUGCUGGUCUCGCUGCUGGUGUGACCGAGGCCGUCGCCGUUGUGAACCCCAUGGAGGUCGUUAAGAUCCGUCUACAAGCUCAGCACCACUCUCUCGCCGACCCCCUCGAUGCCCCGAAGUACCGAAGUGCCCCUCACGCUCUGUUCACCGUUAUCCGGGAAGAAGGAUUCAGCACUCUCUACCGUGGUGUCUCCCUGACUGCCCUGCGCCAGGGUACCAACCAGGCCGCCAACUUCACUGCCUACACGGAACUGAAGGCUUUCCUCCAGAGAGCCCAGCCUGAGUUCGCCGACAAGCAGCUGCCCUCGUACCAGACCACCCUGAUCGGUCUCAUCUCCGGUGCUAUGGGUCCCUUCUCGAACGCUCCUAUUGACACGAUCAAGACCCGUCUGCAGAAGACCAAGGCCGAGCCCGGCCAGUCUGCCCUGUCCCGUAUCACUGCCAUCGCUUCCGAGAUGUUCAAGCAGGAGGGUGCUCGCGCUUUCUACAAGGGUAUCACGCCUCGUGUGAUGCGUGUCGCUCCCGGUCAGGCCGUGACCUUCACCGUGUACGAGUUCCUGAAGGAGAAGCUUGAGAAGUCCAAGUACAGCAUCGUUGGCGGAGGCAAGUUCGAAGAGUAAAUCUUUUUGGUUCAAGUUACGAUUUCCGUGGGUCUCUCUGGUCUCUUGAGUAUGUGUUGGGAGCGUUUGAUACCACAAAAGCAUGGUGGCGUCU